UACAUGGUAGGUGGUCAACGAUUAAGUACUGUAUUUUGUGGAAGGAGGUCAGUGGAGAGUGGAGAUUGGAGGGUCGGGGGCUUUAGGAACCUUCGUAGUUUGUAGGCAUAGCAACACAAGUUACGCAAUGCAACUUAAACUAUCAACUAUUCAGACGCUCGGCCGGACGGCAAUUUAUAGUUAAGGGCGUGGUGGCGCCUCUAAAUUAACCAAACUCACGCUCUCCCAAGUCCCAACACCAAUCAAGCACAUUGUCAUGGACGCUAACCGUGACUCCAGCCUCGCCACCGACGACGAGCUCCUCCAAGCGCAGGCCGAGCUGUGGAACCACGUCUUCGCGUACACCAAGUCUAUGUCCCUCCGGUGCGCCGUCGAGCUCGGCAUCCCCGACGCCGUCCACCGCCGCGGCGGCUCCAUCACUGUGCCCGACCUCGUCGCCGAGCUCUCCCUGCCCCCCUCCAGGACGCCCUACCUGCGCCGCCUCAUGCGUCUGCUCGCGCACGCCGGUUUCUUCGACGCCGGGCCAGCGCCAGACACCUACGGGCUCACCCUGCUCUCGCGCCUCCUCGUCUCGGCGCCCGGCGCGGGGCAGGGCCUCUCGCCGUUCGCGCUCGCCAUGCUGCACCCCAUCAUCGUGUCCCCGUCCAUGUCGCUGGCGGCGUGGUUCCGCGCGGCCGACGACGCGGCGCGCGUGCCGUUCGCGACCGCGCACGGCGGGCGCGAGUUCUACGCGGUGGCGAAGGAGAACCCGGAGUUCGGCGCGGCGUUCAACGAGGCCAUGGCGUGCGACGGCCGCUUCGUGAUGGACCUGAUCGUGCGCGGCCACGGGCAAGACCUGUUCCGGGGGCUCGCCUCGCUGGUGGACGUCGGCGGCGGGUCCGGCGGCGCCGCCAGGGCCAUCGCCGCCGCGUUCCCCCAGGUCAAGUGCAGCGUCCUGGAGCUGCCGCACGUCGUCGCGAGCGUCCCGCCGGGCGACGGGGGCGUGGAGUUCGUCGCCGGGGACAUGUUCGAGCGCGUCCCGAAGGCCGACGCCGUCCUCCUCAAGGUUAGGCCUAGGCACCUUCCUCGGAUCAUGGACGAACUUGACUGAUCCAUGACGUCGCGUUUACUUUGGGACUUUUGUUCGCAGUGGAUUUUGCACGGGUGGGGGGACGAGGAGUGCGUGAAGAUACUGCGGCGGUGCAGGGAGGCGGUGCCGGCCGGCGGCAGGGUGAUCGUGAUGGACCUGGUGGUGGGGUCGAGCCCGGCGGACGCGAGGGCCACGGAGACGCAGCUGCUGUGGGACGUGAUGAUGAUGGGAGUGGUGGGGAGCCCGGAGCGGGACGAGCGCGAGUGGCGCAAGAUAUUCGACGACGCGGGAUUCAGCGGCUACAAGAUCCUGGCCAUCCUCGGGAUCCGGUCGGUGAUCGAGGUGUACCCUUAGAUUUCCUUCUCUCUUUUUGUUUGCGAGGAAUCCUUGAUUUCCUUUUGUCUCUGGUAUUGUGCUCACUGCGAAUGGACGCACUAGAGGGCCAAGGGGUCUAUGGUGGCUUGUGGCGUUUUGUUUGACGAAAAAAAAUCGACGAGGAAAAGAAAAAGAACCAAUCUAUGAUGGCAAAAGGGGCGCGCCGGCGGCUACAUGGCAUUUCAGAUUUUUUUUCCAGUUUCCUUCUGGAUUUCUUUUGCGUUCCAGUGUUCCAGCAAAAACUGUCAUUUGUCUGUGUUUAAAACUGUCAUCAU